AGGAUGGAGAAUGUGUUUUUAACUAUGUAGCAAGUAAAGCAUUUGAUGAAAACUUUCGAUAAAUCAAACCAAAGUGCAUUCGCUGCCCUUUUGCUCUUCCUGUGUGCUAAGCUGGAUUACUCCCGUGCUAAACCUUUAAUAGCCUGUUACGUUCCAGGAUUUGGUGUCACGAAUUCUCAGUUUAGGAAGAAGUGCUGUGACUGGCUAAAGGCUAUUUCAGUACAAGAAAGACGUUUACCAUACAUUACACCUUCUCUCUUUCUUUGUCCUGGUGGUCUUAGAGUUACUCAACUACUUUAUUGGCUUGCAAGAUACAUAAUGGUUAAGGACCUGAAGGAAAACUCUGUAGGCAUUGAUACAUCUUUUGCUGAAGAUGGAGAUUCAAGAUCUUCGGAUGUACACAUGGCAAGGGCAAGAUGUAGAGUUGCGUGCAGUAAACUUUUGCAAGUUUUUCAACAGGAAGAUUUUGUUUGGCAAGAAUAUGAAAAAAAAUCACAGCUUUUGACUGAAGAAAUAGAACAGAUGAAGUCUGAAUAUGAAGCCCUGCAGAAACAGUCUUGGAACAUGAAACAAAAUGAUGAAAACAAAAGUUAUGAAGCUGAGAGAAUUCAAAAGGUUCGCAGCAUGUGGACAUUUAUAAUGGAAAUGCUCACAUCUCUGAAAAAUGAAAGAGAAGUUGUGGCUUCAGUACUUGACGAACUUGAAGAUCCUCUUAGUCAAUGCGUUUUGGAUGGAAAUGUUGUUUUCAGAAUUCCAAAAGUGUUAACUCACAGAGCUGAAAGAAAUGCACAUCAGUAUGGUAAUAGAAGUUUAUAUGAAGACAAAAACCUGAACUUCUUAAUAGUCAUGAAGUUAUUAAAUGAAGCCUUGAGAGCAUUGAGAGAUGAAAAUUGUCAACCUGAACUCAAUGAACUUCACGCCAUUGAGAGAAUGGUUGCGUGCUUCAAAAAAGAGCAAGAAACUUUAAACACAAUGAGGCUGAAAAUAGAGCAACAGCUUUGUGUGUCUGGAAGUGCAUCUGUUGCUAGAAAUCAGGAAGACUGGGAAAUGAAGUGGAAAAGCUUUCUUGGUGUGCACCCUUCUGACUUAAUCUCAGAUCAGGAUCUACAACUUGGUUUGUUAAGAUCUUCGCCACCUUGUUCUUUUGAUGUUGCAGAAGAAAGAGAUGAGAAUAAUGUAUUUUGUCAUCAUCUAGCAUCAGCCUUAGAUAUUUAUGACUCUCUUCAUGAAGAACAUUUUGAGAAAGAUGAUGGGACAUUAGAAACUGUGAUGGAUAAGUCAACACCAUCACCAAGUCUCUCUUCUGCACCUUUGGAGUUGCCAGAAGCAUCUGAAAACAGAGAAUAUUUGCAUGUUGGAACUUGCAGAAGAGAUAAAAAGCCUGUGUCUCCAGAGCCUGUAAAAAAUGAAAAGGAUGAGUCUUCCACUUCACCUGCAUCCUCCUCUGUUUCUGAUCAUGUUAUCCAGACAGAGUGUCCUGUCAAUAACAAAAGCCAUCUUGAGAAAGCCAGAGAUGACCUGGCAGAGGAGAUUGCAAGAACAGUGAUGUGUGAGUCGCCUCAGUGUGAUGAAGAAAAAGCAAUGCCACUAGAUGAUCUCGUUAACGUGCUGGUUUCUGACCCGUUUUUAACAAGGACAAAAAUUCCUCGAACUCCAGAAAAUUUGCUUACUGAAACUAGAAGCUCAUGGAGGAAAGCUAUUCAAACAGAGGUCUCAUCAGACAUGCCGCUGGCCCCUGCUGAGGUAAUAAAAGAAGCAGCUCUGGUGGAUGCUACUCCUAUAAUGAUGAAGGCAGCAGAUUCUAAAUUCACAUUUCCGAUACCUGCAUAUCCUGUACCUGACUUUGAUCCUCCCUUGUUGGAAAAGACAUCCCACUUAAGUUCUACAGAAUUUAGACUUGAAGAGCAGAUGAAGACAAAUAAUACAAUUCAGUCUCCAGUUUUGGAAACAUCUGGAAAGCAAAAGACUGCACUGGAAUUAACAGACGUUGUUUUGGAGGAAAGUACAGUGAAGCAGACACUUGAAUAUGUAAAGAAGAGCAUGGAUCCUCCAGCUGUUCUUUCAGAAAACAACAGUAGAACAAAUGUAACACUUUCAGAUCCCUUACAAGGUUCCAUAAUGGAUGGGGCACUGUACUGGCAUGAAUCUUUCUUACUAAGUUCUCUUGGUCAUGAGGCUGACUGCUUGGGAAUACUAGGUGAGACACUUCCAGAAGGACUUGAUAGCAUAGAUUUCAGUGAAACUGCAAGCUUACAGUGUGAUGUUGAUGAGAUAGACAGUGCGUGUGCAACAAGUGGUUCAGAAGAUGAGAGGGAUAUUAAAAACUCAACUCUAAAUCUACAGUCCCUGUUGAACAUGCAGAGCAGACUGUUGGAAGCUGCAGCUGCAAGUGAAGAGGAGGUGCAUCAAACAAAUAAUGAAGGUGAAUCUGUAAGUCAUGGCUUAUAUGGAAAUCUUGCACCAGAAAGAAAAGAGGAUGAAUUUAGCAGUAGUCAAGAAGUCUUCUGUUUGGAUGAGGAAUUUACCAAGACACCAUCACCAAGGUCUCUUGAAAAAAAAAAUUCCCUCUCAUCCCUGUUGGUGGCCUGUGAACAUCUUGCAGAAAUGGCAUCAGAGGUACACAGUCUUCCAUUAGACCUCACAGAGAGAUUGAAAGAUACAAAGCAGUUGGAUGAGCAGCUGGGCACAAAGGACCCAUCGUCAGAACAGAAUUUGUAAAGCAGAAGCAUAGUAACGCAGCUGUGGUUCAUCUGAGCAUGUACUGUCUUUUCCAAGCAUUGUCUAGAUGAAGAAGCUGCACUCUGUAAUUGAUAAUAUAGCUUGUGAUGAAGUGGGAAUGUUAAAGUUGGAGUUUAGCAGAUAACCAUCUUAUUGUAGAGACAUUGACCCCUACGGUCUGAUGUAUUUACACAAGCACUGCUUAAUAAAGUUGUUCUUCUGUUUCAGCAUAGCUUUAUGCUCCUUUCUUCCAAAGCAAAUAAAAGAAAUUAAAGGAGAAUA